AUGCGCCGAAAAACUCUCGUUAACAGUUUCAGAUCACACUAUCAGAUGGAUCAACAUACAUAUUUGCAUCGCAUUGGAUAUGAAAAGCCUGCGGUUGCAACCCAGGACGUUCUCAUGUGCGUUCAUCGCUGUCACCUAAUGACAGUACCGUUCGAGAACCUCACUGUGCAUAGUGGUGGGCGAGUGAGGCUGGAGCUUCCACUGCUUUACAACAAGAUUGUCAACCAGCGCCGCGGUGGAUUCUGCUUUGAGAACAAUGGGAUUUUCUCUUGGCUUUUGUCGGAAAUAGGUUUCGAAGUCACUCUGCUCUCAGGGCAGGUCAGGAACUCCAUCACCGGUUGUUACGGCCCGCCGUUCGACCACUGUAUUUCCAUGGUAAACGUUGAUCGAAAGCGUUGGCUGUGUGAUGUCGGCUUUGGCGCGGCAGGUUUCGAGUUUCCCAUUUCAUUAGAGACCAGUGAGCCUCAAGUUCAGGGUCACCGAGUGUAUCGGAUCAGGAAAGACCAGAAUAUGCAUUUUCUCGAAUGGCAAGACGAGGAAAAUGUGGGGCUAGCUGGAAAGUGGUCAGAGAUUUACAAAUUCACUCUUGAGGCACGAUGUAGAGAAGACUUCACUGCCAUGUGCGACUACCAUCAGAAUUCUCCAAGUUCCAUCUUCUUUCGCAAGUCCCUCUGUUCUAUCUUAAAGCCAACUGGAAGGCUUACCUACAUGGGGUACAAACUCAUCACCAGUCAGUUCCCUUCCAAGGAUGGAGAUAAUAUAACCAAGACCACGAGGGAGCUAAGGCACGAGGAGAUCCCAGACAUUCUGAAGGAAAUUCGGAAUAGUGCUUGAAUCUCCCCUAAUCCCAAAGGAUGAAGAUAUUACACCCCCUCCUGUUAUCUAUUGAAUUUAAAAACAGAUACUUUUAACA